UUUUUUAAGAAUUUAGGCGUUAGGGCAUUAGUUUUGUGUAAUGCUGAGAGCUUCACCGAGUAUGGAGAAAGAAGACGCUGGAGAAAGCACAGCGAGAAAACGAGGCUGGCCUAAGGGUAAGAAGCGUAAAAAGUUUGUAAAAGAUGAAAAUGCACCAAAGAAACCACUUUCUGGGUACGUUCGGUUUAUGAAUAGUCGAAGAGAUCAGGUCCUGCAGGAAAAUCGGAGCCUCAGUUUUGCGGAUAUUACUAAGUUGCUUGGAGAAGAGUGGACUAACAUGUCACUAAGCGAAAAGAGCAUUUAUCUGGAUAUUGCUGAGAAAGAAAAAGAGAAAUAUUGGAAAGAAGUUGAGGCGUAUCAACGCACUGACGCUUAUAAGGUGUUUGUUAAGAAAGUUAAUGAAGAAAAACAAGCACAAAAACAAGCUGCUUCUAACAGUAGCUCAAAAGCGCUAAGUGAAACAGAAAAACCGAAAGUAAAUAAUGUUUCGUCUUCAAUUCCAAUAUUUACAAAUGAGUUUCUCGAGCAUAAUAAAGCGAAAGAGACAGAGUUACACCAAUUGAAUAAAAACAAUACCGAACUGGAGCAGCAGAAUGCUAUUCUUGAAACGCAUGCGACAAACUUGCGCAAUGCCAUUACAAAAUUGGACGACGAAACUAAAUCGCUGUCAAACAAAAACGAAGACGUACAAGAAAAUCUGAAUAAACUCAGAAAACAUUUGGUCAACACUUUUUCCACAGGGGUACCGGCAACACUAGGCACACCUAAUAUGGAGAAUAUUGACGACUACAUAAGUGAUGUAUGCGGAUUCCUGCAACGUAGUCUGUAUAACGACAAUGAGACCGCUGCCAGUAUUCACAAAGUUAUGUCAAACUUGGAUCCAGGGAUAUUGGAAUUAAUCUCAACUGUUUCUAAAUAAAUAAUCGGAUAUUAAAUGUUAAUAUGCUGUUGUUGUAUUAUCUAGUAUUGUGGGGUAAGAUGGGAUACCGUUACCACCUAAAUGCUAUACUUGCUAAUGGUGUUUUACUGUUUUAAAGAAUUAACAACGAUCUUUUAGAGUCGUGAGGAUGCGUUUUUUUGUCAUGUGAUUAAUUUUUGUUUACUACCAAAUGUGAAAAAAGAAAAUGAAAGAUGUCCCAUCUUACCCUACUCUAAUAUAAAACUUGGUCUCCGAGACCACAUUGGAAAAUGUUUCAAUCAUCCUGACUUGGACUGGAAAAAUGUAUGUUGUAUUUUUGUUGUUCUUUUACUUCUUUAUUCAUUCAUUCAUAUUUGUCGUGAACGAUUGCUUUGUGCAACAGCAAUUUAAUGUAUAGUAGGGUGGGGGAGAUGGGAAACCGUCAGCACAUAAUAUAAAACUAUCCUGAUCCUGUUUUAAACAAUUAACAACGAUUUAUGGGAGUCCUGAUGAUACUUUGUUUACUGCCAAAUAGGACGAGAUAAUAUAUUGAAUGGGCGUCCCAUCUUCCCCCACCCUACUGUAAAUGUGACUGCACCUUUUACAUGCUGCUUUACACCCACUAUUUGUUGUAAGUCUGAAGGUCUUGUACAAUUAUUAAUGUCUUGCUCAAACAUGAGCUGUUUGGACUAUGCCCUGCACCAGCUAUUAACUUAAUAAGUAACUCCGAAUGACAAAGUGCAUCCUUUCAG